AUGGAGAGUAAGGAGGGUGAAAGUAGCAUUCCUUUCCAGCUCCAAUUCGACAAGCCCAUACCCUUUCAGAGGUUAUGGACUACUUCUCCAGGAAGGUCCGUUACUUCUUUAUGUUGGCGUCCUGAUGGUAAAGCCAUAGCUGUUGGGCUUGAGGAUGGAACCAUUGCGCUUCACAAUGUUAAGAAUGGGAAGCUACUAAGGAGCUUGAAGCCCUAUGCUGUAGCUGUUGUGUGUCCUAACUGGGAGGGGGAUGGACAAUCUAAUAUUGUAUGGUUUCGCCUCUGA